ACAUACACAAGCUCUUAAAACCUUCUUUUAUGCACUUGUACUAUUUCAUUAUCUCGCGUUCAUUUGAAAACUGAAAUAAAUAUUAUAUAUAUGUUGGUGAUGUGUGAGUAGUUGAGAAUUUGCAGAAGAUUUGAGAAGGCGAUGGAUUCAAAUGGGUUGUUCUCUACUUAUUCUCUGUGCAGUGAUGCAGCUGGAGUUGCAGGAAACAUCUUUGCAAUUGUGUUGUUUGUAUCACCAAUACCAACAUUUAGAAGAAUUAUCAGAAACCGUUCUACCGAGCAGUUUUCAGGGCUGCCAUAUGUAUAUUCCCUCCUGAACUGUUUAAUUUGCCUCUGGUAUGGCCUGCCUUGUGUAACUCCGGGCAUCAUACUAGUUGCCACCGUUAAUUCAGUUGGAGCAAUUUUUCAGUUGGUGUACAUUGUCAUCUUCAUUGCAUGUGCAGAGAGAACUAGAAAGCUGAAAAUGUCGGGACUGCUGCUAGGGGUAUUUGCUCUUUUUGCUGGCAUAGUACUUGUUAGCAUCAAGCUAUUUGACCCUCCAUCGCGGCAACUUUUUGUUGGAUAUUUGAGCGUUGCUUCUCUCAUAUCUAUGUUUGCUUCUCCGCUAUUUAUAAUAAAUUUGGUGAUCAAAACAAAGAGUGUCGAAUACAUGCCAUUUUAUCUAUCACUAUCGACCUUCUUGAUGAGUCUAUCCUUCUUUGCUUAUGGGAUGUUUAAGCAUGAUCCUUUCAUUACUGUGCCUAAUGGAGUUGGAGGUCUUCUGGGAAUAAUACAAUUAGCAUUGUACACAUACUACAGCAGAAUUUCUGGUGCAGAAUCAAGAGAGCCCUUGUUAGUUUCCUAUGCAUAAAAUGUGAUGCAGAGUUUCUAACAGAGAUGAGUGAUCACAAGUUUUCAGCCAGGAGCCAAAAUGAAAAUAUCUAGUCUUCUGAUGGGUGAAAAAAGAAAUUCUUUUGUAUAUUUUCCUUUACAAAAUAUCUAUUUUACUUUUUAUUGUCUGGUUUGCUAGUGGCUGUAUGAAUACUGCCAUGUAAAGAAAAUAUUGCAAGAACAGUUGUCAAGAGAAUUAGUAGUAAAGUUAUUGCUGGCUGCUGGGGUAGGUUUGGUCGCUAGGGAUUCAUUUCUUGUGUCAGGAUUUGUCUGUGGAAAUAUAUGAUUGUUUCUUUGUUUA